GGCAGAAAACCGGCGAGGAGGGGAUUGUUUCUCGCACGAUGCUCGCAGCUGGUGGCUUUCUAGCUCCCUUUCUUCUUACGGACAACCCGAUGCAAAGCUGACGCAUUCAGAAGUCAUCCUCCAAGGCAUUCUUCAACCUGUAGCCCAAAGGGACGUUUCCAACUUCGGCAUAAGGACACCAUAAAAAGGAACCGCGGAUGCUAGUGAGGCAAACCUGCUCGGAGGGAAAGAGGGAGGGAACGCUUUUUUUCAUGACCUCGCCUCCUCCGACAUCUUUGCACCCGGAACCUUCGCUGAUCCCUGACUGGUUUCCCAGUCGGACGCUAACUUCUGCUACUCUCAAGAUGGCGGCGCCCACGGGCGAGGGUCGGACGGGGGGCCUCUCUCUUCUCCCCGGCGGGGCAGCGCCGUACGGGAAUUUCCCAGACUAUUCCCGCUUCCACCCGCCGGAGGGGCGCCUCCGCCUUUUGCCCGGUUCGCUCCUGAGCGAGCUCUUCCCGAGCCCUCGUGCGGGGCCCCUUUUGGGGCUGGACGUGGGAUGCAAUUCAGGGGAGCUCAGCAUCGCUCUCUAUAGACACUUCCUUGAGCCUGAAGAGAACAAAGCUGGCCUUGAUUGUUCUGCACCUGUAAAGGACUUCCAUCUUCUUUGCUGUGACAUUGAUCCUGAGCUGAUUGAGAGAGCCCAGCAAAGUAGCCCUUUCCCAGGCUCCAUUUCCUAUGCUACCCUAGAUAUCAUGGACUCCCACGCAAGGGAGGUGCUGCUGAGCUCCUAUCUGACCAGGUUUGGCCGUUCUGUCUUUGAUAUUUGCUUCUGUAUGUCUGUGACCAUGUGGAUCCACCUGAACCAUGGGGACCGUGGCCUGGAGAAGUUCCUGUCCUGCCUUGCCUCGAAGUGCACUUACUUGCUUAUUGAACCCCAGCCAUGGAAGUGUUACCGCGCAGCUGCCCGGCGCCUGCGGAAACUGGGCCGGAAUGACUUUGACCAUUUCCGAUCGCUCACCAUCAAUGGGAACAUGGAAGAGAAAAUCACUCAGAUUUUGAUCAAGGACUGUGCCAUGGAACUCACCUGUUGCUUUGGAAGCACCAGCUGGGAUAGGAGUCUCCUGCUAUUUCACUCGAAACCGUGUGAAAAUAAGCUGUCAUCAAAGUCUUAGACAUUCAUUGUUCUGGUCAGAGGUAAACUGGUGAGUCAUUGGCAGGACUGCUUGUUCUCUACCGCUCAGGAACAGCACUACAAGAGCACAGAAGCAGGAAAGGAGCCCGUUAUCUUGAAAAGCAUCAUCAUUGAGAUAGUUGUUUAUUUUAAACACUGCUCAGGUCAUUAAAGGCUGCAAAAGGGGACUUGAAUGUCUGUUCACAAUAUGGGUGCAAUCCAAAAACAUGAGGAAACGGUGCAGAAUGGACGAUUUCCACUGGUGGGGAGCAAGGCUCGAGUGCUUUCCUUCUCUCCUUGAUGUGCAGAUACAAAAUAUAUGCCCAGUGUAAUUACUUUGCAUAAUCACGUUGGAUUCCAUUGUACAAUUUUAUUUACUUUAUCAUGGAGUUUUGAUAUUUAUUUCUUAAAUAAAAGUAAAUGCCCUCAUUCCCAACUUUUUUUUUUCCAUGAUAAAGCCGAUGGGCUGAUUAUGCACUCCAGGGAUAAUUUUCAAUAUUGCGUGUUUCCAGCACUUUUUCCAACACGUCACCCACCCCUGAGCUAGGAAGAGGAUUCCAUUCCAGGGCAAGCAUAGAGCUCUCAUCUGUGUGUAUCCUGGCUUCUUGAUUUUCAGAAUGUGUGGGUGCUGGCCCUUGUCCACCUCAUAGUGCUAACAGCCAAGAGAGAUGUAUCUAUGACAAAGCCCAAGAGAUUGUCUCUUGUCAGUAUACAUCGGUGGCAUGCAAAGGAUCUCCCUUGGUAGAAUGGGCUUCCAUCUUUCAGUUUCACAUUACAUUUUAUCCCAUAGUUCAUGUUGCAGAGAUCAGCUCACUACCUUUUUUUUCUUGAUCCGUUCUUUGGGAGGUGGGUAGACAGGCUGAUCUGACUUGGAAUUUUACCCUGUUGAUUAAUAUUUACUUUUAUAGAUUUUAAUUGGUACUGGGUAGAGAUGGAGAUGAAUAUAAAAACGGAUCGGUUUUUUUAAACUAAUAUCGCCAAAUUGUCAUAUAUUUGUCAAUUUGUAUUCAUCAAAUUUGAAGUCCCGACGAAUACAGAUCGACAAAUAUUUCCCCGUUUUUAUUUGUCCCAGCA